GGAUGGUAAAUGGAGGUCCUUGUAUUUUUGGGAGAUUUUCGGAUUUACAGUUUUGUUGGAAUUUAAGUUACCGUAAAAUAAUGGUUAAUACGAGAAUUUUGAUAUUUUAUCGUCUAAAUUGAUUUUUAUGACCAGAGCUGGAUUAAAUUUAUUUUUGUAUCAAUAAAUUCAUUUACAUGAAUUUUGUGAGGAUUUUAAUGAAGGAAAGUGAAUUUUGAGUUAAGGAUAUUUUUAACCGCAACCGGGUUAUUUACAGUUAUUUGCAUCGGGGCUAUUUCGUGAAAUUGUUGAUGAAUUUUGGAUGAGGUAUGGUGAUAUAGUACUGCUGAGUAGCUUUACUGGAGAACGAGAUGAUUUAUGUGAUUUGGUAUUGGAUGAUGGGAUAGUUGAUUUUUAGAAACGUCGAGUUGAUAAUCGACGGGAAAUAUAUAUAUAUGGAUCGGUUAAUCAGUGAGACUACAUUGAUUCCGGAUUGUUUGUGAUGAAUGAGAAAAAUGAAAAUGUCUUGAUUCGCGAUCAUAUUAAUUCACAUAGAUGUAGAAAGGGCCUGCACUUACCCUCACCCCUUGAGAGUGGGUAGAUCUAGCUCGCUUAUGCGAUUGAGUGUUGUGGUUGCAUGAGCACCACGGAUGAGUGUUGUGGUUGCAUGAGCACCACAGAUGAUGAUUUGCUCGAGCGAGGGUAAGUGUAUGGUGACCUUGGCGCCAUUAAUAAUUAAUCAGAAUUUUCAUAUCAUGCAUGGAUUAUGUGUUCGUGAAAUUAUGUGAUUAUAUUAUUUGGAUAAAUUGAUUUGGUGAUGAUGAGUUGGUGGAUUCGAUAAAUUGAUCGGUAAUUUAUAUAUGAUGAUUUAAGAUGGCAUCUAGAGUACUAAAUUAUGCUUGAUUACGAUUGUUUGAUUAGCUGAUUGUGGUCCCAAAAUUAGGUCGUGGGAAAGAUCCACACACACAGCUUAGUUGCUGACCCACAUAUGUUUUCAGGCUCGCAGGUGCAACUAGGAUCGGACUACUGAGGCUUCCCUAUCCUUCUGUACUACCAUUAUGAGGUAGUUUGGAACACUGUUCUGUCAUGGUCACCUAGGAUUUCUGCUUUGAGUGUUUUCAAUAAUAACCCACAUUUUGUAAAAUUCAAUAAGUGGGUUGGGGAUCGAAUAAUGAGUUUGUAUGAUAACGGUUUAUAUUUGUGUUUAAUAAUCGGAGAUGAUGUUUGAGAUGAUUGAGUUCAACCAGUAACACCAAGGAUUUGGCUGCGCGGUUGAACCAUGGGUUCAACCAUAGAGAUUCUGGGUGGGAUGUUACAGGUCGAGUCGAUGAGAGAUACCCAUGCCCGCCCAGCACCGCCCCACCUACGGGGCAAGUUUGACCCGCCCUAAAACAGGUAAAACAGAUCGGAUAAAUCGGGUCAGGUCGAAAUUGUCAUCCCUAGCCAAAAUUCAGCCUGUCCCCAGCCAGGAUUCCUAAUAAUUUAACGGUUGUAUUAACCUUUUUGAAUUUGAAAUGUCGGUAAUCAAAGAAAGUGGGGGGAAAAUAACAAGGCAGCUCCCAAAAUAAGGGCAAAAGAAAAUUUUCAAGAAAGGGAUAGAAGAAGAAGAAGACAACAGGGCUGAAUCCCCGGCGCCGUUAUUCUACCACUCCGAACCCGGAAUUCUCCCGCUUUCCGUCGAGACCGGCAGAAAAACGACAAAAAGUUCAAUAUGGGCGACGGUGGUUCCGACACCGGCGAAGACCCGAUGUUGGACUCUCUAAUCUGCGUCGCUGGUUCCUCAAUCAUGAAGUCCGGCUUCAUCGCCUCUCACUCCACAGCUGAACGAGAGAGACGGGUGAUUUUUGUGAAUGCCGGCGGCGAAGAGCUAAGACAACAAGGACACUCCGAAAUUGAGGUCGAAGCAGAUAGGUUUUUCCAAGGAGGCGAUGUUCUGCGAACGGACGAGGAAGUUGCCGACGGCGGCGAUUUGCCGUCGAUUUAUCAGUCGGCGAGGUACGGCAACUUCUGCUACGAGUUCCGAGACUUGCCGCCGGGAGAUUACUCCGUCGAUCUCCAUUUCGCUGAGAUUGUGUACACGAACGGCCCUAGAGGCAUGAGGGUGUUUAAUGUUUUCAUUCAGGACGAAAAGGCUGUGUCUGAGCUCGACGUGUAUUCUAUAGUUGGAGCAAACCGGGCCCUGCAGGUGAUGAACAUUCCAGUUUCAGCUGGGAAAGAUGGAGUGGUUUCUGUUAAGUUCCAAGGAGUUGUAGGAAGUCCUACAGUCAGUGGAAUUUGUAUAAAGCAAGGAGCGCCAGAAUUACAGUUGGUAUCAAGCGGAAGGGAUGGUAAGAGUCUGCUGUGUGACAAUUGCUCCGCCCCAGUCAAACUCACAGCUGCCGAGAAUAAGGCAGCGAGGAUGAGUUUUACAGCGAAAUAUGAAAGGGAGAUAAGGGAGUUGAAAGCUCAGUGCCAGAUGAAGCAAGAUGAAUGCUACGAAGCUUGGAUGUCACUAACUGCAGCGAACCAGGAGCUAGAGAAGGUCAGGGCUGAGCUUGAUGUUAAGUUCUUCCAAAAUUUCACUCUAGGUCAAGCAAUGGAAAAGGAAACAGAAAAGAUGGCGAAGAUUUCUAGUAAAUAUGAACGUGAUAGGAGACUUUGGGUUGCAGCCAUUGAUGAAUUGGAAAGGAAAAUGAAGGCUAUAAAGUCGGAACAUUCUCAGCUGUCGUUUGAAGCUCAUCAAUGCGCCAAUUCAAUUCCUGGGCUAAACCAGAUGGUAACUGCAGUUCAAUCAUUAGUUGCUCAAUAUGAUGACCUGAAGAUGAAGUUCAAUGAAGAGCAGGAAAGGAGGAAGAAGCUGUACAACCAACUGUUGGAAUCAAAAGGGAACAUAAGGGUGUUCUGCAGGUGCCGCCCAUUGAACAUGGAGGAAGCAUCAUCUAGGCCUCAAACUGUAGUAGAGUUUACUGAUGCUAAAGAUGGGGAUCUUGGUGUGCUUAUGAAUGGUUCAAGCAAGAGAAUCUACAAAUUUGAUCGAGUCUACACACCUAAGGAUGAUCAAUGUGAUGUUUUUGAGGAUGCUUCUCCCGUUGCAACAUCUGUGUUAGAUGGUUACAAUGUAUGCAUAUUUGCCUAUGGACAAACUGGAACUGGGAAGACUUUCACCAUGGAAGGCACCGAGCAGAAUCGAGGGGUCAAUUACCGAACUCUAGAACUGCUGUUCAAAAUCGCGGAGGAUAGGAAAAAAACCAUCUCAUAUGACAUAUCUGUUAGUGUGCUUGAAGUAUACAAUGAACAGGUCAGAGACUUGCUGGCAUCCUCACCACCGGCAAAGAGGUUGGAGAUCAAGCAAGUUUCUGAAGGGGUUAAUCAUGUGCCAGGAAUAGUUGACAUGAAAGUUGAGAACGUUGAUGAAGUUUGGAACAUUUUGCAAACUGGAAGUAAUGCAAGGGCAGUAGGAUCAAACAAUGUGAAUGGACACAGCAGCCGUUCACACUGCAUGAUAUGCACAGUGGUAAGAGCGAAGAAUCUUGUUACUGGAGAAUGCACAAGGAGCAAGCUAUGGCUUGUGGAUUUGGCUGGCAGCGAGAGGCUCGCAAAGACAGAGGUUCAAGGGGAGAGGCUAAAGGAAGCUCAGAGUAUCAACAAAUCACUUUCUGCUCUUGGAGAUGUCAUCUCUGCUCUUGCAACUAAAAGCAGCCAUAUCCCAUACAGGAACUCGAAGCUUACACAUCUGCUCCAAGAUUCAUUAGGUGGUGACUCGAAAACCCUGAUGUUUGUGCAAAUAAGCCCUUCGGAGCAUGACUUGGGCGAGACUUUGAGCUCUCUGAACUUCGCCACCCGGGUUCGAGGAGUCGAGCUAGGUCCUGCAAAGAAGCAGAGCGAUACGACUGAGAUUCAAAAACUGAAAUUAAUGUUGAAAUGUAAAGAUGAUACGAUCCGCAAGUUGGAAGAGAAUGUUCAGGCUCUGGAAGGGAAGACGAAAAGCAAGGAGCAAUUUUCCAAAAGCCAACAAGACAAGAUAAUUGAUCUUGAAAACCAAGUUGAACUGAAAGCAGAGCUAUGUGGUCAUCUAGAGAAACGGUUGUCACAGGUAUAUGAAAAAAUGCAGAGAAAGGAAGAAGCUUGCUACAGUUUCCAGCAAAAGGUUAAGGAGUUAGAGGAAAGAUUGCAAGAGCAAGAGCAAGCCAGCUCCAUCAAUUCUAAAGCCAAGACCAGGGAGCUUGAAGACGCAGUGAAGGAGAAAUCACAACAGUUUCAACGUCAUUCGGAAAUGCUUCAAAAACAGAUCAAAAUGCUGGAAGAAGAGUUAGAAGCAAAACAAGGAAGGGAGUACAUGUACAUUUCAGAACCAAUGGACAAGUUCCAAGCCAGAAAAGUUGAAGCAAAACCGCUAAAAAUAGAAGCAGAUCCCUUCAGCCUCAGGAGCUUGAACUCUACCAGCAGUGGAACAUUAUUGAACAGUGGGGAACAAUCUAUACUGCUCAAAGGUACAGAUUCGUUGCGGGCAUUGAGGCAUAAACGAGACCUCCAAAGCAAAGGGCCAGAGAACAACUUGUUUCUUGUAACACCCACUGCUCACAAGAAGCCAGUUUCUGCAGAGUCUGAACCAAGCAAAGCAAGGCACCUUGACCCAUCUAGAGCAUUUGCAAGAAUUUCAAGAGGCGGAAAGCCAGUGGGCUCAGGUUCAAGUGCAUUCCCAAAUAGAGUGAAGGAAAGUGACAGUAGCAGAGUGAAGAUUUGGUUGAGAUAGUCGUUUUGGACAAUCCGUCACCCUUCUUCCCCAUCUCAGUUACUGUGGUAAGUGAGAUUUUGACUGUGAGGAUCGAUUCUCCAGAACUCAGCUGCUCCUGAGUUUGUGUUGUAUUCGUUUGUGUAAAGCAUAUGUAGGAUCCUGUAGCCCACCGCUGCACCGAAAGUACUUCAGCUUGCCUUGCAAUGAAAUCUGCAACAACCAACUUUGUUCACGUUGGGAUGGGGGCCGGCCAAUUUGCAGACAUGGGCAGUUUCAAUGCGUUACUAUUUGACUAUGAAAACUGGAAAAACAAGGCACGUCUUAGGUAGAAAUUUGGUGGAGGUUCUCGAGAGCUUCACUUUAAUCCGAGCUAAAGGGAGUUGUUAGGCUUGGAUCGCUGGCCUAUCCGGACUUUAUGUAACUAGCUUUCAUAGUUGUCAUGUCGAUGAUGACAUGCUAGCUGGUUGAAUCGGUGUCGAUUAUGAAACUGAGAUAAAAACCAUCGAUAUGAUCGAUUCACGAACUUUAAAUUAAUAAAUUUGAUUGAUAAAAAAUGAAUUUAUUAUAUGUUUUAUGAAUAUGAAAGUUAAAAGUUUAUGUAAUUUGUUGGAUUCAGGUAUAAAUGUAUAUAUUGACGUUAAAUAUUGUAUUUAAAUAUGAGUAUUCGUUAUUUUAUUUGGAUUGUAGUAUUUUAUUAAGCCAGCAUGAAUUGACACAAAUCGAUUGUACCACUAAUCGUACCAUUCCACUUGCUAAACCGGCGCUACGGUAUAAACCGGUUUGACUAUCUUACUAGCUUUAUACUCAGACAGUAAAUUUUACUAAACUUAGUGAUUAUUAUUAAUAUUAAUUUUUUAGUGACUAAACAUGACACAUUUUAAUAAAGCGAGUGACCAAACUGGUAUUAACCCUAUUUCUAGAUAAUUAAAAUCUUUCAUGAGACAAUCUUAAAUUUUGUCAAUCUUUCACAUUUGACUGAUUUAUAAAAGUUUGACGCGAACUCACUGUGCGCGUCUUGAUUGAGUUGUGUAUGUGAUAGGAUUUGUAUUCGUCCCAAUGAGCUAGAGCUUUUUUUAUCAUUUUCUUUCCAAUUUCACAUUCUUGUGCCUUGUGACUUGUGAGAUUGUUGAAUAACUCAUUAUUCCUUUCAUUCAAUAUCAUCCAUAGGAUAAUUCCGAAUUGGCCUAUGGUGUCAUUAUUUGUUGCCUCCAAGACUUCACAAAACCAGCUUCCGGGGAUUAGAUUUUCUCUCAUCUCGAACAGUUGUCUGAAAGCAGUAUGUCUCCAUAUUCGUGUUACACACUGGAAUUCCUUCAAUAUGUGAUUCUGGGUUUCCUUUAGGUUACAAAAUGGGCAAUUUGAAUUCUUAUUUUUCUUCAUUCCUCCAAUCUUCUUUCCUGUGUGUAGAAUGUUAUACACCGGUAGCCAGAGGAAAAUUCGCUCCUUGGGUGGGAUGAUAAGCUUCCCUAGCCAUUUCCAAUUCAUCUGGUCAUAUACCUCCACCCCUUGCAAAUGCCACAUUUGGUCAUUGUGUUUAUUAAAAUGUGUCAUGUUUAGUCACCAGAAAAAAUUAAUAUAAAUGUCGGUCACUCGAAUUAGUAAAACGAAUCACGUUUAGUCACUCUCCGUUAACAUUAUCUAAUGUGGCAGUCAACCCUAACAAUUGACCGUUAAAUGUCUGACGUAGCAAUUAAAAAAUUAAUAAAAAUUUUAAUUUAAU